AUGGCACGAACGCGAUCCUCGUACACAGCGAGCCCGACACGCUCUGGCUCACCGCGGCGCAGCCCAGCGCGUCGAGCAUCUAAAGAUGGAUCUGAAUAUGAGAUGGAUUUGGAUGCGCUUGGCCUCAACUCGACUUUCGAAUCGUCCGAACUGCAAGCCAGCUAUGAGCCGCCGGUCGAUCGAGUGGAUACCAGCGAAAUAGAAGGACCAGAAGACUUCACGAUGAACAUGACCUAUUGGAUGACGGCCGACCUCCCGCUAUCGCAGAUCAAGUCCCGAAAAGAAGCCAAGGGCAGAGCUCAGGAGAUGCGGAUGGACGCAAUGCAAGAGGAGGAGGCAGCACACGAUAUGACUACAGAGGGCGGCCAAGCGAUUAUCCAAGGGACACCAAGACUCCACCCGGAUGGAAACUCGAACUCUGCAUCGCCGACAAGACGUGCAAACGGCACCACCGACGAACGCACAUACAGCACCCCGGCGUCUGAGCGGUCCAUGGAGAAUGACGAGAAGGUCCGGAGUUUCCUGAGCAACUUGCCCGACACGGAAAUGGAGGGCGCAAUUGCGGGUACACCACUGCAUAUGCCUAGACAAAGCUUUCUGCAGAUCCCAAGACCGUCACCGCCGAAAGCACGAUCACUGCAACCUACAGUCGAAGACUACGACACGCCCCGCAAACCAACGCAAGAGACGGUCAUACACCAUGCCUCAGCCGUCAUCGAGACGGGCGACCUUGAGGCGCUGCAACAGCAAAUUGCUGAGUUACAGGCGCGACUGGGCAAGCAAGACCUUGUAUCUCAGACGCGCAUCACUGAACUCGAGACCAUUCUUUCGUAUACGCGCUCUGAGCUGGAGAAUGCACGCACAGAAGGCUACAGGCAGAAAGAGGAGACUGCUACUCUUGAGAAAAUCAUUGAGCAACAGAGACAAGAAGCCGAGCAAGGGCGCCUGUCCGCCGAAGCACGCUUGAAGGCCAAGGAGGCGGCCUUGGACUCUAAGAUGCACGAGUUUGGAGAUGAGAUGCGCUUGCAGAACAUGGCUAAACUGCAGAACCAGCGUGAGGACUUUGAGCGACAACUUCAAGCGCUGAAGGAGUCGAAGCGUCUAGCCGAACACGAGGCUAGCUCGAAGAGCCAGACUCUUGAGCAGGUUCAAUUUGACUGUGAUGAGCUGAGACGCAGCAACGAACAACUCUUGCAGGAAGCGACAAGAAAGCACGAAAGGGAGCUUGACGCAGGCAAUCAAGCUGUGGACAAGCAUCACAUCGAGCUCACUCAACAGCUGUCUUUAGUUCAAGCACGAGCAGAUGAUCUGCAGGCACGGCUUGAAAGGGUAACAGCGGAGGCCAAAGUCGUACGCGAAGAUGCCCAACAGAAAGAACAGGAGCACGAUGCUGUAGAAGCAAGGAUACGUGCACGCACGGCGCGGAUCACCGAGCUCGAAGGCAACCUUCAAGCCGCACGCUUUGAGCUAGAGUGUGCGCAAGCCGAUGCUUCUGCGAAAGAACAGCUUUUCCGAACGAACCUGGAAUUAAAUUCUCGCCUCCGGACGAUCCAAUCCGAACUGAACACAACGCGCUCGAAUUUGAUGGCUAGAGAGGAGCCGUCUACACAGAACCUAGAACUGGAGACUCGCAUCCAGGUCUUGCAAAGCCAGCUGCAGUCGAGUCGUGGGGAAACCUUGGCCAAGGAUCAGGAGAUCAUGCGCCAUAUCAGAUCUCAAGAGCAACUCGAGCAAAGCCUCAACACGGCGCGAGGCCGUAUCGAGGGACUUGAGACUACUACAAAUACACUUCGACAGCAGCUCGCAGAAGCUCAUCGCGACAGCGCCAGGUCACAGACCAAACACGAGAGUCUAGAGCGAGACCUGCAAGACCUCAACGAGCGCCUGAAAGAUGCCCAGGUGGAAGCUGAUCGGCGUGUUGCCGACGUAGAACAGAAGAUUAGCAAGAUGAAGGACACUAAGCUGGAGAUGGAGCGCAAGCUCCGAGAGCUCCAGAGUCAGCGCGACGACCUGGUCGAAGGACAUGAAGCUAUGCUGGCUGAUGUGCGCGACAAAGCUGAAGACGCGGUGCGGAAAGCUGGCGCCUUGCUCAAUCAAGAACGCACCGAAAAACGACGUAUCAUUAAGGAUUUCAACAAGACUAAGGAGGAGUUGGGGCAGAGCCGUGCCGAAGCUGCUCGGAGGUUCACAGAAGACGACGAAUCAUCUGAUGAGAGUGAAACAUCCGUAUCACCGAUAAGCACCAAGGAGAAGGACAUGGAGAUCAAGAGUCUUCGAGAGAUCAUCCGUAAACAAGUCUCGGAAAUCAAGACGCUGAAGGCCGAGACAAGCACUUGGCGCAAAGAAAGCAAGAGCCUCAAGGACAGGGUGGAAUCAUACUCUGAUCUCGAAUCCGCAAUGGGUGGCCUCAAGGAAGAGAUUAGCACGCUCCGCAGUGAGAAAUGUGCCCUACAAGCUAGUCUAGAGGACCAAGAAGCCGUCAACGUUGCAAUGGACGAGAAGCUUGCGAAGGUACUAAGCAAACUUAUGAAAGAGCGCGCCAGGACAGUUGUCGGUAAACGAGAUGGACAGUGGCAAGAAAGUGUCGGACAGGUGCAAAAUGACAAGGAGCUCAUGGGUAAAGUGCUACUGCGGCAAUGGGGAAGAGAGGAACUCGGUAUCGCCGAUGAGGACCACGGCGAAAAGCAAACGUAUCAGUACAAGUAUGCUAAGAGGGAGAGAGCGUGA